CUGUGAAAAAUGUUUAUUUAUGAGAAAAAAAGAGUUUAGAAUGUUUAGAAUGUAAAAUUGAAAUAAAAAUUGAAGAAAUCAAUGGAGAAAAAAAUAAUAAUGGAAAAAAGAAGAAUGAUAAUGAAGACAUAUUACAACAAUGUAGAUGUGAAAUAAGCCCAGGAAGAAAAGAAGUCAUUUGCUUUAAACACCAACAUAACAUUGUUAAAGAAAAUGGGCAUGUGAACGAGAAAUUUAAAAUGAUCAAUAUUAUCAAGAAAAUGUUAAAAUAUUUGAAGAACGAAAAAAGGUAGAUAAUAUUAAUAAUUUUCCAAGAAUCGAAAAACAAUACGAAGAUGAAUCAAAAGAUGAAAUUGAUGAAUAUGUUAGAAAAUCACAUUUAGAAUUAAAAUAUAAGAAUUGGAGAAAAGAACUUUAUCCGACAG